CCCUAACCCAGCGCGGUCAUUUGCGGGCCUGAGCUGGUCCGUGCCGCAACCGCUGCCGCCGCUCCCUCCUGCCUCCGUGGCGGUCUCGUGGCGGUCUGGACGGAGGGCGCUCGAGUGUGCGCGCAAAGGACAAACUUUUAUUUUUUUUUUUUUUUUGGAACUUGUGUACGUCGAAGGAAUAUAGAAGAAGAAGAAGAAGGGAAAAAAAAAUUGUGUGUGAGUGUGCGUGCAUAGGACACACUAAAUUUUUUUCAUUUUUGAACGUGUGUGCGUAGAAGGAACACAGAGAGAAGAAGAAAAAAAUACAUAUCCUGGAAGUCGACGAAUAGGAUUUUUAUUUUAAACAUCGACGUUUAAAAUUCUCGUGUCUUCGAAUUCUCCAUUCGUGGCGAAUUUAUUGUUUUCCAAAUCGAUAAUUAUUUACAAUUUGGUGACCUGGUGACUCUGAUAUUUAUUUAGUAGUGAACGCGACCCGGCGACCUGUGAUAGAGAAUCUAGUGAUGAACAGAACUCGGAAGUCGACAAAACAAAACGUCCCAUUUUAAUUAACACAAUUUUAAUAUUUUAAUAACUCUUUUAAUUAACAACACAACGUGAUACGCGAGUGCAAAUAAUUAUAGUCAGUAGCGAUAAAUAACGGUAGUGUUAAUGAAUUACUAAUAUUAGUGGACUUCAUCGUUGGUGUGAACUGUAUACGAUAUAAAAAAGAAAAAAAUAAUAUUUUCCGCUGAAAUAUUUAUUAUUGUGACGAAGAUCCACGUCCCACUUUUAUACACACCGUAAAUCCCCCGAAAUAGGAACCAAAACAAAAACCCGAACCACAAGAACGAAGUGCGAGCGAACAGAUCAUCAGAGAAAAAAAAAAAAACAAAAGACGGUAAUUCAAGACAGGAAGAGAGAAGGGAGAAAAAGAAAGAGAAUAAAAAAAAAAACAAGUCACAAACACAGCCUGUAAUUCAAGUCCGCACAGACUGCUGGUUCAUAAACACUGAAAAGUCAUUAGUAUCGUCCACGAGAAGUUGUGAAUGUUGUGCUUAGCGAACCCGCGUGGAUGACGGAAAUGAGAAAAGUAAAUAAAUAAAGGGUUGAUUUAAAUAGAUAAAGGGUUAAUUGAUAAUGAGGAUAAGCCUGGACGGUCUGAGAGUGGCGGUGUGAGACUGUUUACGAAUUCCGAGAGACGAAAUAAGAAAGAGGUGAAUGAUAAGAAAGGUGAUAAGAAAUUUGAUAUAUGUGAACUCUACCUUGGCGAAGUAUCAGAGGAAGAAACAAAAAAAAAAGAAUAUUAAUAACAGAACAACGAGGACAUUUUGAGAGAGAGAAAAGAAAAAUCACAAUCAGAGAAACAAGAAUUAAAAGAUACUUAGAAAUUUAACGAAGAAAAAAAUGAAAGAUUUUUAGAUACUUAGAAAUUUAACAAAGAAAAAAAAACAAAGAUUAUUCAGAAAUUUAGAAGUUUGACGAAGGAAAAUAGGGAAGAUAUUUUAAAGAAAUAACCCAUUUUUCAUCGAGAGAUUCGCCCACUGUAAAAGCCCAGCCAUGGAGGACCAGGAAACGGAGGAGUCUACCAUGUCGCCGCUGAUGCAGGUUUACCUCAAGAUAAAAUUAGGGAAGCUUCUGGAAUCACUGAAGAACAACGGCGUCGGAGGCUCGGGCGAGGGGGGCGCAGAACCCCCGACGCCCCCCCACACCCCCCAGAGGGACGGCGCCCACUCGGCUCCCUCCGACGGGGGCGCGGGACGGCUGCAGCCCCCGCCGCAGGUCCUCGAGCCCCUCCAGCAGCAGGCGCUACAGGCGAGGGUGAGUACUGGAAGAGCGUUUAGUCGAGAUAAAGGCCCCGUGUCGGCCUCGUCCAGGGCGUCCGGGCUGUGCUAG